AUGAAACGCUUUGGAACAAAAGAACAGUGUGGAUAUAGAGUCGACACAAUAGACAGGCUUUGUUGCAAGAAGGAAGAUGCAGAUUUCAACAUCUGUGGAAAUUGCCAAUCUUGCAUCUUCACUUCCAAGCUCCACGAUUCGACCCAGUGGAUGUCGCGCGCAGGGGACUCGUCCAAAAGGAGAUUCCUUACUGGCAUUCUCGUGCGGUGCCAAAGUGUCGAGAUUCUCGAAACCAUCCAAAGAGCACUGCAAGUGACAUUUGGGAAAGAUUUCACCUAUACCAGGUCACGACAGAAGUCAAAUGUUUCAGAAGAUAUGACCACUUGGAGCCAGGACCGAGCGCUUGACACCAAACUUCUUGGGAUAGAGAUGGUUGACACUUGGGACUGGUUCAGUCGCAGCCACCACUGGACAAAAUCCAACUAUCUUUUAGGAAUUCUUUCCCUAUGCGAUACAGGGCUUCUUCACAUGCUUGGAAACUUGACAAGUGUGCUUAUAGUUAGAGCAAAACGGGCCUUCCUCCAACUUAACGUGCUGGAGGAUGAGGAUCAUGAGGAUGACACCUCGUCUAUCCCAGAAUCCACCUACUCUUUCAACUCGCAGGAGGGUCAUCCAGACCUAGACCUCCUCAUCUGGGCCAGCUCCUUCUAUGACCCUGUCAACAUGCAUCAUGAAACUGACAUCAACACCAUCAAUGGAGGCCAGGAGACAUGCCAUGAUCCAGAACUCUCCAAUAGCUGCCAACCCCAUGUCGCUCCAUGGGUGGUGGUGGGUGCCAGCCCUACCUCUGAAGGCCUGCAGGGCUUUGGCAGUGUGUGUAUGGGGGUGGUGAAGGAGGAUAGUGACACAGACUCCACUUGUUCAGACGACCCUGCUCUGAUGGUGGUCCCUCGGUCCUCCACCUCUCUGUCUGGUGUCCGCCGAUACAGAGACUUCAUCCGGGGUCUCCCUGUUCAUCUUGCCAAGAGGAUUUUAGGUCUUCUAGACAAGACCUCUCUGUACAGCUGCAGGGAUGUCUCCCAACACUGGCGCUACCUGACGGAAGACACUCAGGAGGACCUUAAUGCCAAGAAGAUGGUGGAGAAACAAGCUACGUUGAUGCAGAGCAACACUACAGGUGUCAGCCCUACAUAUGCCAAAGUCCGCAAGGUCCUAGUGCCCAUCAGGGAGGAUGAGAAGCACAUGCACCACGUAGAAAUCUCCUCCAAAAUCAGACAGGAGAGGGGCUUUGAGGCCAUCUAUGCUGGCGUUAGAACCCGAGCCAUACAGAUGGAAGAGAGGAAUGUCUACUGUGGAGUGUACAACGUUCUGGUGCUGCUGGACAGGGAAGACCCCUCCAGGGUGGUGCACUACAGUGGAGGUCAGCUGGUGGCCGUGGGUUCCAAGGACCGCGUGGUGCGUCUGCUAGACGUGCUGACACUGAAGGAGGUGUCCCCAGUGAUCCAGGGCCACGCCGGCUCCAUCAGGGCCCUGCUGCUCUAUGAGGAGAGAGGACUGGUCAUUAGCGCCAGCUACGACCUCAGCAUCAGGUGUUGGAAUCUGAAAACAGGCGUAUGCCUUAUGCUCUUCCGUGGCCACUUGGGUACCAUCAACUGCCUGGACCUGCAUGGGAAUUGUCUAGUCUCAGGGGCCAAUGAUUGCAAAGUCAAAGUGUGGAACCUGCAGACAGGGCAUUGCUAUGAGAAGCUGAAGUUUAGGCACCACAACCCCAUCCUGUGUGUGAAGAUAGACAAGGCUCUAGUGAUGAGCAGCUGUGACAAAGGGCUGGUCAAAAUGUGGGGUAUGGAGACCGCCUCACUCCUCAAGGUAAUCGAUGCCCACCAGAGCUCUGUAAAGUGUCUGUUCUUCGACCAGUGGCACAUCCUGUCAGGUGGUUCUGAUGGACAGGUCAUGGCCUGGAGCACCAACUGUGACAUAAAGAAGAACCUGAUGACCUAUCGCCAUCCAAAGGAGGUCCUGGCGCUGAUCUACCUCUUUCUGCGUGUCAUUACCGGCUGUGGGGACGGGAAGAUCCGCAUCUUCAACUUCCUGACAGGGGACUGCCUGAGAGUCAUCAAGGCAGGGGGUCAACACAGCCCUAUCCAGUCCCUGCACACACACAGCAACAAUAUGGUGGUGAACACAGGGACCAGUGUUCUGAUCUACCAGUUCACCAGGGUGCGCUGGGACUACUCCGUGCUGGCCGAGAGGGAGUUCUUUAACGAGUUCAGGGGUACUCUUAAAAGCAUGCUCAAUAAAGACAAGUACCCCUACUCCUACGUGCGGGCUGAGCGCAUGACACAGGUGGGCUCGUCCAAUCGUAAGAUCUACGGCCGUGAGGGCAAGAAGCCGGAGAGGCCUGCGCUCUCCCACCACGCACGCUCUCUGUCAGCCCCCAGCAUGCGCCGAGCACAGGCUGCGCAGCAGGAGUCUAUGAGGCCGGCCACGUGGUGUGAGCUUCAGGGCCACCGUAGGAGCCGGGCCUACAUUGACCUGCAGCCAGAGUUCAUCACCAAGCCCCCCUCGGCCAUCUCUCCUGGAAGACCAGUCAGCGGACACAGCCAGGGCUCCCAAAGCAGGGCCAGUCACACGCCCAGGAGUGAAACCACUGGCUCAGCCAGGGAGCUGUCUGUAACGACUAAGUGGGUGCUGACGCGCAGCGAGAAAGCAGUGAAAGACCGAGUGAAGAAGAGGGGACCCCAUCGACCCGUCACCCCUCAGCAUGUCCUCCUCAAGGUCAACUCCACCCACCAGCCGCAGGGAAGCGACCAAGCCGGGGCCAACAUGAACCUCAACGCCCAGGUACGAGACGCCUGGGGCUCCCCUCCACCUCUACCUGUCCAGGGGAUUGAUCCAGAGCCCCACACCUCACCAUUCCCACCUACAACCCCAAAACAGAGCCCCCAGAGUCAGUCACAGAAGGCCCCAGCAGGACCCAUCCACCAGGUCUUGCAACAUGGCAUGACCAAGACUUACGUCCCCCUUAUGACCCGCACUCUGGAUCUCAACCUGAGGCAAUCCCUCAACAGCCGUGAAGUCUGUUCCAGCAGUCCCUCCCCAGCUGUGAUGCGGCCCCAGACCUCCUGUGGUAUUGCGAGUCUGGCGGUGCGUAAGGUGGGGGCAUUCACUACCACUGCCCAGUCGAAUGUCCAGGCCCCGCAGCGCAUGUUCAUGAAGGUGAGCAGCAAGCGGCCAGGACGCCACGUGAACUUUGAGAUGCCCAAUAAGCCCAUUAGCCAGUACAACCCUCUAGACCCAUUCAGGGAGCGUGGGGCCUUCAGGCUCCACACAGACACCCAGCUGGAGGAGUACUUCAGGGUCCAGAACCACCAACUGAAUCAGCAGGGGGAGGGAUGCUAUAGGACCAGGGAGGACCAGGACAGACAGAGGAAGGGGGUCUGGAAGAGGAAGGUCAAAGGUGUCCCUGCCUUAGACUUCCCCAAGCAGGACCAGGUGUAUGCCCCCGAGCUGGGCCAUGAGAUCUACAUCUGAGAUUGUCUGAGAAGCAGCUGGACAGGUGUUUGGCUGGCUAAACCCAAUACACACAUGGAGCUUUUUGAACUGUGUGACCAUGCCAGGGCAAGAAUAGAGCCCAGGGCUUUUGCAUGUAUGAUUCUCCCCCUCUUGGUUUGCUGAUCCUGGACCUUCUAUGCAAGAGUUAUUUUUAAAGAGACUAUAUGCACCACUAUUUGUGUAUCAUGUAAAUAUAUAGAUGCAUUUCUGCACUCCCACCAAU